GCGCGGUGGGCGGAGCGCAGCUCUCCUACCACCUUUGCCUGCCCAAGGCUUCCCAUCCUUGCUCUGCCGGUGUGGUGCUCGUGUUUCUGCACCUCGUCGCGGAGAGUCGCUGCCGAGUGGGCGCUCGGUGUUCGGGUCGUCAUGGCUGGUUACGAAUACGUGAGCCCGGAGCAGCUGGCUGGCUUUGAUAAGUACAAGUACAGUGCUGUGGAUACCAAUCCACUCUCUCUGUAUGUCAUGCAUCCAUUUUGGAAUACUAUAGUAAAGGUAUUUCCUACUUGGCUGGCUCCAAAUCUGAUAACCUUCUCUGGCUUUCUGCUGGUUGUGUUCAAUUUCCUACUCAUGGCAUACUUUGAUCCUGACUUUUAUGCUUCAGCACCGGGUCACAAGCAUGUACCCGACUGGGUUUGGAUUGUGGUGGGAAUCCUCAACUUCAUAGCCUACACUCUAGAUGGUGUGGAUGGAAAGCAGGCCCGGAGAACCAAUUCCAGCACCCCUUUAGGGGAGCUUUUUGACCAUGGCCUUGAUAGUUGGUCAUGUGUUUACUUUGUUGUGACUGUGUAUUCCAUCUUUGGACGAGGACCAUCUGGUGUCAGUGUUUUUGUUCUUUAUCUCCUACUAUGGGUAGUUUUGUUUUCUUUUAUCCUGUCCCACUGGGAAAAGUAUAAUACAGGGAUUCUUUUCCUGCCGUGGGGAUAUGACAUUAGCCAGGUGACUAUAUCUUUUGUCUACAUAGUGACUGCGAUUGUGGGAGUUGAGGCCUGGUAUGAACCUUUCCUGUUUAAUUUCUUAUAUAGAGACCUAUUCACUGCAAUGAUUAUUGGCUGUGCAUUAUGUGUGACUCUUCCGAUGAGUUUAUUGAACUUUUUCAGAAGCUAUAAAAAUAACACCUUGAAACACAAUUCAGUCUAUGAAGCUAUGGUUCCCUUUUUUUCUCCAUGUUUGCUCUUCAUUUUGUCUACAGCAUGGAUCCUUCAGUCACCUUCAGAUAUUUUAGAGAUACAUCCUAGACUAUUCUACUUUAUGGUUGGAACAGCCUUUGCCAACAUCACAUGUCAGCUGAUUGUUUGUCAAAUGAGCAGUACUCGGUGCCCAACUUUGAAUUGGUUGCUGGUUCCUCUUUUCUUGGUUGUCCUGGUGGUAAACUUAGGAGUAGCCUCUUACGUUGAGAGCAUUCUCCUGUAUACCUUAACAGCUGUUUUCACUCUGGCCCACAUCCAUUAUGGAGUACGAGUGGUAAAGCAGCUGAGCAACCAUUUUCAGAUUUAUCCCUUCUCAUUGAGGAAACCAAACUCGGAUUGACUAGGAACGGAAGAAAAGAGUAUUGGCCUGUAAUCUACAGAAGGAAGUACUGUAAAUAAGAUGCUUGUAAAUAUUUCAUCCAUCACCAUUGAACUAAACUGAUCUGCUUAACAGACACGGGAACUCAGUGUGUAUAGUACUUGGACAAAUGAUCUGAAUUUACGAAAUUUUGGACCUACUAAUUCCCAACAUACUUUUUAUAAAACUGUGUGGCAUUUUGGUUAGGCAUAAUGUACUUUAGACCAGCAAAAUGUUUCUAGUGAUGUUAGCUUCAUGAGUCCAUGAUGUUUUGGUUCGUACAGAGUUAAAAAUGCUUUGUUUUUAUUUUUAGAGCCCCCAGAUUGGUUUAGGAACACUGAUAACAUUAAGAAAACCACAAGGUGUUUUCAUAUUUGAUACUGUUUCAGUGGUAGGUCUUUCGCUAUGGAAGUUAUCAAUAGCCCAAAUCUAAUACGGGGAAAAGAUAAGAGGAAGUUACUGUUAGCCGGAGAUGCCAAAUGAUUACAGAACAAUAUACAGUUGCCAAAUACUCAUUUCUCCUUCCCAUGGAAAUGCCUUUUGUCCUCAUGUGCUAAGAGAGCUAAUAUAUAUAUUUAGAUUCUCUA